UUAUUAAAACAGACAGGGAUGGUAAUAGCUAUCUAUCAAGCUAGCUAUAUUUUACUUUGGAAGUUGUGACCGGAAUCGCUUGUUAAAAGUCCCGGAUGCUUGACACUAACGGUAAACGCUCCCGCCUCUUCAGACACCUUGUAGACAAGAAGACAGCGCACUCAUGGUUCAUGUGAGGUGGUAAAAUGCAGCUGAACAACUGGACGAGACUGGCUUUAAUCUAACGACAAGUCUGGAAGAAUUAGAGCCAUGAAGAAACACCUGAGUCCUACAAAACAACAACAACAGCAACCACCGGCUGAUGUCCCGGUUCCAGGCAGUGAGGUUACCGUCCAGCAACUCAACGAACUCUUGUCCGACGGCAGCGGCUUUUACAGCUUACCGACACAGCACUUCAACGAGGUCUUUCCCAGAAUAUACAUCGGUAACGCGUUCGUAGCCCAGAAUGCAAUGCGUCUGCAGAAACUCGGAGUGACGCACGUCCUCAAUGUGGCGGAGGGUACCUCCUUCAUGCACGUCAACACCAGUGCGGAGUUCUAUGCCGGCACAGGCAUCACAUACCAUGGCAUCCAGGCCAAUGACACGGAGCAGUUCAACCUCAGUGCCUUCUUUGAGGAGGGGGCUGAUUUUAUUGACAAGGCCCUAGCACACAAUAAUGGAAGAGGGAAGGUGUAUGUACACUGCAGAGAAGGCUACAGCCGCUCCCCUACCAUGGUUGUUGCUUACCUCAUGCUGCGCCAUAAAAUGGAUGCCCGACUAGCAGUGGCCACUGUGAGACAUAAGAGAGAAAUUGGUCCUAAUGAUGGCUUCCUUCGCCAGCUGUGCCAACUAAAUGAGAAGUUGGCAAAGGAGGGCAAGCUGAACGGGGAGGUGGGCAAACUAAAGACCAAAUGAAAGCAGGAGUAAAUAUUGAGAGACUUUCUGCCCUGUCUCCUCUCAUCACGCCUUUCACAGGCUUCAGCUGCUCUCGGAGGUUAACCCCACCCUGACCAAACCAGCAGCCAUCUGACACACUGGGGGUAUUCUGACACACAAACAUACAUGCAUUUACCUGUGUAGAUAAACAUUCCUCAUACAUAAAAUGUACAUGAUGAUUCUUUCUGAUCUUCAGUCCACAUCUGUCACUGUCACAGUUUUGUCUGCUCCUACAAACAACGUGAUCUCAAAAACUUAAUACUAACAAAAGCCUAACCCCCCUUUUUAACUCUACACCUCACACAGAUGUUUAGCUGCUAGUACCUGAAAGCUCUAAAUUUCAACUGAGCUUAAAGCAUUCCUUGUAUUCCCACAAGGUGAAAACUUCGC